AUGGAUAAGGGCGCCAUUCUUCCGACCCAUGUGUCGGCUUCUCCUUCUAAGCCCUGUGCUGGGCGUCGGCCAGUGGUCAACGCCAUGAUCAUCUCCUUGGUCACUUGCGUCUUGGUGCUGUCGUUUAUGAGAAUCGAUAGCCUCCUGUCUUCGAUCAACAACAACCUGAUGGUCUGCAACGGCGGGAACGUGCAAGCAGAUGCACCUCCGAUGCUCGACUCAACUCUCCGCAAGAGACUUGACAAUGCUGGUCUGGAAGGCGGACUUGUAUCCACGGACGGCCGUUCCGGAUACAACAAGAGGGCCGAGACGGACGGCCGUUCGGGGUACAACAGCGUUGGGGACGACGUUGUGACCACCAGUGGCCGUUCCGGGUACAACAAGAGGGCCGAGACGGACGGCCGUUCGGGGUACAACCGUGUCGGCGACGACGUAGUUACUACCGAUGGUCGUUCCGGAUACAAUAAGAGGGCUGAAACGGACGGCCGCUCGGGGUAUAACCGUGUUGGCGACGACGUUGUCACCACUGACGGACGCUCUGGAUACAACAAGCGCGAAGAGACCGAUGGAAGAUCAGGCUACAACAGCGUCGACGAUGACAUCGUUACCACAGACGGCCGCUCUGGAUACAACCGUCGAGAGGAGACGGACGGACGCUCGGGGUACAACGGUGUCGGUGACGGGACUGUCACAACCGAUGGCCGAUCCGGAUACAACAGGCGCGAGGAGACGGAUGGCCGCUCUGGUUACAACAGGGUUGAGGACGGUGCCGUCACCACUGACGGCCGGUCUGGGUACAACCGCCGCCAAGUUGAGGAUGACUCCAUCGUCACGACCGAUGGACGGUCUGGCUACAACAGACGUGGGGGCGAAGGCCCAAACGCCGACACGGAUGGUCGUUCUGGGUACAACCGUCGCGAGGCAGGUGGCAGGUCUGGUUAUAACAGCGUGGAAGACGAUGUCAUGACCACUGACGGCCGUUCUGGGUACAACAGGCGUGCCGAGACAGACGGCCGCUCUGGAUACAACAAGGUCGAAGAGUCUGGACGCUCUGGUUACAACCGCGCAAAGUGA